ACCCCAGUGCUGUGAUUGACGAAGAGGAUGAAGGGACAAGUCUCACAGAAGCCAUAGCAGGCAUGUCUUUGAUGGACAGGUAUGAAGAGGACGGUUCUGAUUCUGUUUUGUCCUUUUUUCCGGGCGCCAGUGCUGAGAUUGAUGAAGAUGAUGAAGAGGUUGAAGAGUCCUGAGUAUGAGAAGGUUACACCAACGAAGAUUUCUAAGUGGAGCUUCCAGGUACAGCUGGAAGGCGAGGGGACCUAUGAGUGUUCGGCUACAGGUCUGGUGUUUGAGGUGUCGGAGCAGGCUCUGGUCCGCUACUCGGUCCUGUCCUGGUCUGAAUUCUCUGAGUUCCUCCAUGACUCCUGGAGACCUGCUGGAUCGAUUUAUGAUGUGGAUGUGGUCAACAAGGAUCCAUCUGUGCUCAAGUUUAUCCAUUUCCCACACUCGCUGUGCCUUGCUGAACCUGAGCAUGAGCUGAGCUUCCGUGUUCUGCACGUAAAGGACGGCCAAGCCAGCAUUGAGUUGACGGUGGGCUUCACGGAGAGCCAUGUUAAAUGGCGCGUGUCCUCGCUUUCUCCUGGGGGUGUCAUCAUUCCGAGCAGUCUGCCGGCGAAGCACCACGGGGCUGUGCUGGUUUACAAGGAGGGGAACCACAAAUACUUCUUCCAAGUGUAUUUGUGCGUGAACAGCGGUUCUGAGAUCCAGGCUAUUGAAGAACAGGUGAAAAAAUACAGGAAGAAAUGCAUCAAGAUGGAUAAAUCGGCCGUCUGUAAUUCCAAGCUGGUGGCCGGGAAGAACUACCACCUCACAAGCGAGCCAGAAGGGAAAGUUGAACCUUCAGAACUCAAUUUCAACACUGAUGUAAUAGGCCUGAAGGGAUUUUUUGAAGCACGCUUCGAUAAGCAUCCUCCUUUCAAAUUAUUUCUCAUGGCCUCUGUGAAUAAAAAAAGAAGAAACUGUGACAAAACGUUGUGGUCUGCUACAAUCACAGAAGAGGAUUUGAACAGCGAGGAGCCCAACAUCGGACAGAAAGAGCAUGUAAAGAAUACAUCUGCUGGUCUGAUGACGGCAGGCAGUAGCGGAGAGGGGAGCUUGUCCAUGUCUGAGCCGUCCAGCCCUAUGGACUUGGGGUCGUCAUCUCCACAUGAAAGAAGCCGUAGCACGCAUGGACUUGUACAGAAUCGUUCUAAACCUGUUAAGAAGAAGUCAUCAUGCAGUAGCGGACAGGGGAGCCGUCCUGGUGAGCUGUCCUCGUCUCCGCCCCUCAAAAUGCCCAAAAGCGACGACACACUGGACACAAACCGAGGUCAGGCUCUGUCCGGUAGGCAGCUCCUGCAGGUGGCCCAAACACUGGGACAGGAGUGGAGGCGGGUGGGCGUCUACUUGGACCUGAGCACCACAGAUCUGGACGACAUCAAGGCAGAGGAAGCGGAUGUGAUCAUGCAAAAAGUGAAGAUGUUGGAGCGGUGGCAGCGCCGAACACCAGGAAAGGCCACAGCACAGGACCUGCUGAGAGGUCUGGAGGACCUGAAGGACCUACCUGUCGACACCCGUCAGUUAUUGACAGGUAACGCACUUCACCCCCAAUCUGCAGAUCGCGUCAUGUUGUUCAUUUUGAGUUUUUCGCCUAAUAAAAAAAUCAUGAAAUAUCUUUUGCGAAGACUACACAUACAUUUAGAAUCGAUUGUGGAUUUUUGACUGAUUUAGCCUGUGAAUUAUCCAGUUUUAAUCAAAUACAAUGAGGUACCUUCGUGGUAGUUCACCUUGUCACUAAUCUCCCUGGUCACGAGUGGUAUAAAAUGGCGGUACUAAUAUUACAUUUUUUCCACACACAGUCUUACUGCAUCCAUAGUAUUAAACUACAUUCACAUUUAUUUUCUGUGCUUGAAUAUAUAUUUUCAUACAUGAAUAUAGGAUGCUUUUGAUAACAUGACGGUGUGCUGUGGAAUCGCAACCGUUUUGUUUUGGAUACCAACGUGUGAUUGGCCUACUUUUAGUUAUUGAACAGAGAAGCAACCCCAAAAACCUAGAAAACGAACGUCUCCAAAAGCCAACAGAGACACUUCCACUAAUCAUCAUCCCCCAUCAGCCAACUGCCGUACGCCACACUCUUUAUACUUGCAAGUUGGAUUAAAAAGUGAAGCUCCAAUUAGUUUUAAUGGUCUAAAUACAUAUAUAUUUCGAUUUGGAGUCAAACCACAAAGCGCGUCCUUACCAUAUGAGGUUAAAUCCAUCCGCUUUUUUCACCGGUGUGAUUCUUAUUAGAAAAGGCCACAUAUUCACAUAGGAAACGAUGUAAAUAGUUGACGCAUUUUUUUCCCCCAGUUGUUCUUGCUUUUCAUGUCAUUUAUUCGUUAUGCGCCCGGUGUAAAGGGAGCUCCACACUAAACGUCCAGAGCCAAACUCCCAACAGAGGGGACGCCAUGCCCCAUGAGGCUGCAUAGAGAGAGAGAAUCUCACUUCUGUGAUACGAUGUGAAACAAGAUGGAGGGUUGUGGGGAUGUGGAAUGAUUCUUCAGGCGUUAGUUUGCUUUGAUAUUCAAUUCAAUAUUAUUUGUGGUUGUAACUGCUUUCUGAUGUAUACUGAUGUGCACUCAUUUCCUUUCUGUUUUUGCUU